AUGAUUUCAUUCGCCUUUGUUACCUCUGGCAAGGCCUACCUAAUCAGCCAAACUACGCUUACAAACAGCAUAAUGCGCAUUAAAGACAGUAAGGAAGAAGUAGUAGAGGUAAAUGGCACUCGUGCAUUCAUUUCUGGAAACCAAGGAGAGACCUACAGACUCAGAAUGGAGCUACAGGAAGGCGUAGAAUACGUCAGACGAGUGUUCAAGAAGGAAAUGAAUACGCGAAACAUCGCCAACCUGUUCAAGAACACCAUUUACGACAAAAUUAGAACGAGAAUGCCUUACCAGGUGAGUGGCGUCUUCGUAGGACACGACGAGACUGGGGCAAUGAGACUCUUUCACGUGGACAACUACUCCGCCGUGAAUGAGACGCACUUUGUGGCCACGAACUACGGCAUCUACUUCCUCUACGGACUGGCUGACGUCUUCCACAAGGCGGAAAUGGAGCACGAGGAGGCAAUUGAGUUCAUAAACCACGCACUGAAGGCACUGAAGGAGAGGACUGCAAUUGACACCCGGAGCUGGAGACUGGACGUGGUGAAGGAGUCCCUAAAGGUUGAAACACAGUACAUUGAAAUAUAG